AUAGUUCUUCAUAUUUCAGAGUUGUAUUUGCAUUUCUUACUCGCAUCCUCACAGUUUCAACAUCUGCUACUUCGGCAACCCUCAGGUCAACAUGGAGUUCAGCAUCAAUUGGCAUAGGCUUGUUGCAGCAGCUAUCGUCUAUUAUGGUAUCUUGUGUAUUGUCGCUUGUUUAUUCACCCUUUGGCUUGCCCCUCGGCCUUAGAUGGUGAUCAUUUCGUGCUGGCACGAGAUUUACUAUGCCGUCUUCCAUGCAAGUCUUGUAUAGAUAGUCGCCAGUUUAAAAUCUAGUUUGAUAUUAUCCAUUCUGAUAGUAUACAAAAAGGCCCUUUAUAUAAUUGAUUUUGGCAUGUAAAUUCUUAAUGGUAGUUUUUAGUCGGUCUACUUCAAAAUGUUCGCCAUAGAUGGCGAUAUUUACUCUCAAUUGCACGACAUUACAUUAGACGAUCCGGUUGGCUGUCGGGGUCCAUAUCAAGAUACAAUAGGAAGGUCUCGCUAGCUCAACACCUGGAGAGUGGGGAAGUAUUCGGAUCUUUCUUUUACAUCCGAACGAAGAAGCAAAUGUAUAUAAAUGUCGUGACGAUUCCUACUAACUUUUUCAUUAGCCGUAAUUUUUUCUCCAGCAGUCAGUAAAAAUGAAAAGCAUCAUUCAAUACUCGACCUUAGCCCUUGCUGCUCUCGUCUCCGCGGGUCCGGUCAUGGAGCAGCGCUCAAGCUCGCCGUAUGUGGGUCCCGAGAACGGAACGCUUGUAAUUAUAGGGGGUAACGCGCAAGACGACGCGAUUUACCAGCGCAUCAUAGAUCUGGCCGGCGGACCAGAUGCUCCAAUCGUCACAAUCCCUACUGCCGAAGGGAGUGACACAUACGACGACGAUGCCGCUGCGGCGGGCACGUUCCGGAGACUUGGCGCUAAGAAUGUCACCGUUCUACAUACAUACGACCCCAAAGUCGCCGAUACGGAAGAGUUCGCGGCUCCCUUGCGGGCUGCUAAGGGUGUGUUCUUCGGGGGCGGUCGCCAAUGGCGUCUCGUUGACGCGUACGCCGGUACCCUUACGGAACGCUUAUUCCACGAGGUGCUCGACCGCGGCGGCGUCGUCAGCGGAAGCUCGGCAGGAGCAUCUAUCCAGGGCAGUUUUCUUGCUCGCGGUGACACGGCCAACAACCAGAUAUUAGUAGGCGAUCACCAAGUAGGCUUUGGAUUCGUGAAGGACGUUGCCAUCGACCAACACGUACUCGUACGUAACCGCCAGUUCGACAUGUUUGACAUCCUUAAGGUCCGACCGGAGCUUUUGGGCAUUGCUAUCGACGAGAAUACUGCCCUCAUCGUGUCUAAGAAUGACGCUGAGGUGUACCGAGGUACCUACGUGAUUAUCUAUGAUGGGGGCUUUUGGUCGAGGGAAGGGAGUGAUUUGAAAAAUCUUCCAAAUAAUUCAUCCAUCUUUUAUUUCCUCAAGGAUGGAGAUAAAUACGAUCUUGGAAAGCGGCAAGUGGUUGUUUAAAUGGGAUCAUUAAUAAGCUGAGGCUCAAAAUAGGGGUGCCUUUACCUUUACCUUUCUCUUUAGUCGAUAAAUUAGGUGCCUAUAUCAUCAGGAAUAGCUUUGAGAAACUACACCCAUUUUUAGUUUAGUAGAAUUCGUAAUUGGUAAUACUUUCCCAAA